AUGAACACACUUGCCGGACUUCUGGGAGCUAUCACCGUGCUCGGUUGCAUCUUAACCAGCCAGGCAGCAGCCGUUGGCCGCGACGCAGAAGGUACGCGAGUCGGUGAACAUCCGGAAUCAUUCUUCUACCCCUACGCCAAACGCUACUUUGAUCCCAUACGUUAUGGCAUUUCAAGCUACCACGGCUCACGCGCCAAGUAUGCUGCCCCUUCGGCCUACUUUUCGGAUUUGGAGAAACGGGCACCCUACUUUGAUCCAAUCCUUUAUGCCAUGCCCUAG